CCGAGGUUGAACUUCAGCCUUGCGAUGCAUUUCUAGUCAUACCACUAACCUAGGUAUACGACCUAACGCUUGCCGCAUUCCGAGUCGACAAGACUCUCUGUCGAGUUAUUGCCGUUACUGCUUGGGUGGAUUUUUCAAUUCACUUUAUAGUGGCCUUUUCAGGUAGACUUUCAUUCAUUCUAGGUCAGGACACUUGAACGGGAUUUUUUCUUUCCUUGGUUUCUCAAUCAGGAGCUCUCCUAUCACCUGAGUGGCAGAACUAUAAAAUCCCAGAAGCCGAGUCGCUCGAAGACCAGCAUCAGCGCGUUCUGGUCUCUUUCAUUCCGUCGCCAUGGCACGUAUACCAAGGAGCAACCCUUUGGUGGUCCGCAAAAGAACACAGGAUGGGAUAGCUUUCAACUUCACUCUACCUACAGCACGGCCACAGCGCCAGAGAGCCAGAUUUCUUUUUCCAGAAGACAAUCCAUCACUUGCAAAGUCAAGCCAAGAUGGCAUAGCAGCAGAUGGAGACCAAGUGGUGGAGGAAUUAGGCAAUGAUGAAACAUCCCAACUCGACGCAGCAGUCAAGCCAAAACUCCGAUACCAUUCUAUCUGGACCAAGGAUCAGCACCGCGAAGCCCUCAACAAUCGGUCCAACAACUACUCAAAAAACUUCAAAGUCGGCAUCCAGGCACCAAACCCCCCUCGCUCCUCGUCAUCAUCCGAUCAUGGAGCCGAAGGUCUUACCCAAUCUCAUAAGGAGAAGCUGGUGGCUAAAGGUCAGCUGUUUCCCAGUGCAGACAGCACCGAACCACUCGUCUCACCGAUUCUCCUUCGCGAGGCCUGCAAAUGCGACAUUUGCGUAGACCCAUCUGACCGACAACGCAAUUACGAAUACUCGGAUAUUCCGACCAACAUCAACGUCGCAACGGCAAGCAAAUCAUUCGACGGUGAAAAGACAAUCAUCGGAUGGGAAAACGACGUCCAACCCAAUCACUUUUCGGUCUUUGACCAAGCCACCACCUCACGCCUGUUACAACCUUUCCGCAACCCAGCGUGGCAAAUGUACGAAAGGCCUCGCAAAGUGUGGACCCGAAAAACCUUCCGCACCGCUGAAAACGUCCGCAUCGACUUCAACGACUACAUGAGUGAUGACGAAACUCUGGCCCGAACCCUUCAUCUUCUCUGGCGAGAUGGACUUGUUUUUCUCGACGGUGUACCCGAGGCCGAAGAGUCAGUCCAAAACAUUGUCACCCGCAUUGGCCCGCUCCAAAACACCUUUUACGGCAACACCUGGGACGUCAAGUCUAAACCGCAAGCCAAGAACGUCGCCUAUACCUCAAAGCAUCUAGGAUUCCACAUGGAUCUUCUAUACAUGAAGGAUCCACCGGGCCUCCAAUUCCUACACUGUGUGCAUAACACAUGCGAAGGUGGCGAGUCACGCUUUGCCGACACGCUCAAAGCCAUCGACAUCAUGUCCCGAAUGCACAAUGGACCAGAAAUGAUACAAACACUAAUGGACGUACCGGUGCGAUACGAGUAUGACAACGACAACUUCUUCUACAGUGACACGAAACCAACGAUCAUGACACGCAAUCCGACUCCACGGCAAAACGUGCUUCACGCACGGAACCAAGACCUGAUUUCUCAGAUCGAACACGUCUACUGGUCACCGCCAUUUGUCGGCAACCUGGACUCAUCGCUACCGCACUCCAAACUAGAGAAAUUCAUCCGCGCCAGUGCCAUCUUCUCCAAACUCCUCAACCACGUCGAAAACGUGUAUAGUGAGAAGAUGGACAGCGGCACGUGCGUCAUCUUCGACAACCAACGCGUGGUACACGCACGUAAUUCAUUCGACCUCAACAGCGGCAAACGCUGGCUCCGCGGCGCUUACUUGGGUCAUCAAGACUUCGUCAGCAAAGCCGUCAGCAUGAUGUCCUUGAUGCCCCAGGUCACCACGGCUCAGCAGGGUGAGCAUACGCGCGAGAUUGCCCGACCAGAAUGGCAUAUCUACAAGGACGUGUAUGGUGACUCUGGGAUAGAUUGCGACGAUCUCGUCGAAAAUCCCGUGCGUAAGAUCCCCUACUAUAUUGAUGAAAAAACAGAGAGAGGCUCGCGCCGCGGCCAGAGGGAGGAGCUCGGAAAUUGAAAUUGAUGAGAGAGUACUGGGUGUCAAUUGCCAAAUACUACUUGGCAUGUAGUGGUGAUAUGGAUAUGAUAGCUAGUUUCAUACACCCAUUCUCCAUUUUGCUCUUGAUCAUGCAAACAGACGUCGCCGGUUGGCUUUGGCGGUGCCCAGAGCCUUGUCCAGCACCUGAGUUUGGGGUGUGAUGUUAUUGUCCUAGGACUUGGAAAUCUUGACUUGCUUGCCCCAGGCACCGCCCGCCAGCCAAAGUGUCUCCAUAUACACAUGAGCUCUCUAUACAUUGGAUGAAUUUUCCUGCAGAGAGAUUGCAAUCUUAGAGGGUCACUUAUCAGAUGAGGGGUGAGAUGUGGGAUAUGCAAAAGUGGCCAAGGUUUACACGUUAUCAGAUUCACCAUCAGAUAAGAUUGACAAGAUAAAAACAACCUCUGCGAAUGGUCUGAGGAUCACCUCAAAGUCAUCGCAAUAGAUUUGAACAUUGACGGGUGGUCAGAAUCUAUGCAGAGUCUCA